AUGCAGAGACUCUUUUUUAGAUCGACAUGCGCACGUGUCAGAUGUGCCGACCUGCGGCUCAAACCACCGGUAUCCAUCCCGCAAGUGACUUUCCAAACUGUCGCUUUUUCCAGCAGCGCAGCGGGUGCUGCCGUGAGGAGCGGAGCCGAAGGGACGAAUACAACAACAAAACGUCGCAGUGGUUUCGGCGGCGGUGCCGGUGGAGGCGGGCCCGUGAAGGAUCGCUAUCCGCCCCCAGCAACUGAUCUCGGUGAUCCGCGGCGACGCCUGGCCGUGCUUGUGGAUGCCUCAAGUGUUGACCCCCGCGUGUUUCGCAACACAAUUCUGCCAGCAGCGCUGAAGGUUGGCACGCCAGUACUCAUACGUAUAUUUUCGGUGCAGCUGAGCAGUGAAUGGGAACCUCUCGUGGCCGGUAGCGGAGGGACAAGGGAAUCAGCAACCUCAACGGAACCGGAGUGGAAGACGUCUGGCACCGCUAAUGAUGGGAGGGAGGAAGUUAGUGGGGCCGCGGGGUCUCGCGACAGCGGCGCGUGGUGUCCGCCGGUGGAGUUUUUCAGGGUGGAGCGCUUCAUUCCUGUGCCAAUGCAAAUGGAGGCCGAUGCAAAUCAUAUAUUUGACUUCCGUAAACAAAACCAGAUUGAGGCGGUGGCGUUUGUGUGCGGCGAGGUAGAUCGCGGCGUGUUCGAAGGAUUCCUUCCUAAUAUAGCAGGUAAUGGGUUCAAUCAAUAUGUGUUAGAUGAGCUUGGUAUGGCGAAGGAGGUGCUUGAAGAUGGAAGAUCCGAAGACGGGACGCCCACAGUGCAGAAAUAA